AGACCAAAUUUCAAGAAAAAUAGAAAAAAUAAAUAAAAAUUUUGUUUUUGUUUUUAGAAUUGUUUGGUUGGUGGUGGGUAUUGGAUCCAAUGUCACCAAGUAAAUGUUUUUAGUUAUCCAAUGUGUUUUUCUUUUUAAAAUUCAGCAAAAAAAAAAGUGUAUUUUAUUAGACACACAAAUCAUUGUUUUUAGAAGCAUUUUUGGGUGUCUCUGCAAUCUCUGAGGUCUGUCAUGUGAAGUGUAGGGAAAAAUAAUUCAAGAAACCAAAACCCCAAGUUUUGAAUUUCUUUAUUUUAUUAUAUGGUAUUUUUUUUGUAAUUUUUUUGGGUUUUGGGGUUUUAUGAAAAGUGAAAGUAGUAGUAAAGAGUGAAAAAAAGGGUAGUGAUGGUGAUGAGGAAGUUCAAUAAAUUGAGUUUGUUUUGGAGUUGUUGAUUUUAUAGUUUUGUGGUCAAAGUUUUUGUUUGUCAAUUGAUGAUAAUGACACUAAUUGGUAGAUCUGAAGAUUCUUGUGUUGAUAGUGAUCUUGUUAAAACUUUUAUAGACAGAAAGGAAAAUGUCUUUUGGAUCUUUUACAUUUCAAGAUUUAAUCAUCAAAUAAGAAAAUACUCUACUUUUGUCAUAUGAAAAUCCAAAAAAAAAAAAAAACUUCAUUUUUAAUGAACUUUCUUGUUUCCAUUCAUCAAUGGUGACACCCCAACCAAAUCAAGAAUCCAUUUUUUUUCUAGGUUUCUAGUAGAUCCCUUUAGUGGCAAGACUCCAUUUUUAAUUCUGCAUAUUAAACUUUGUAGUUUGGUGACACCCAACCAAAUCAAGACUCCAUUUUUAGCUCUGCAUUUUGAACUUUCUAGUUUCCCAUUCAUCAAUGGUGACACCCAACCAAAUCAAGAAUCCAUUUUUGCAGACCCCUUUAGUCUCAAAACUCCAUUUUUAACUCUGCACUUUGGACUUUCUUGCUUCCCAUUCAUCCAUGGUGACACCCAACCAAAUCAAGAAUCCAUUUUUGCAGAGACCCCUUUAGUCUCAAGACUCCAUUUUUAGCUCUGCAUUAGAUCCCUUUAGUGUUAAGACUCCAUUUUUAGCUCUGCAGUAGAUCCCUUUAGAGUCAAGACUCCAUUUUUAUCUCUGUAAGUUGAGUAUUUUAGUGUCAAGACUCCAUUUUUAGCUCUGUAUUGAGCAUUUCAGUGCUCAAAAAUUGUCAAGUUCAAUGAAAAUCAAAAACCCCUUUUUCCUCUAGAAUUGAACAACUUAAUGCUCAAUCAUUCAACAAUGGAAAUGUCAAUUUCAAUGGAAAUCAAGAACCCAGUUUUGUUCUUAAGGUACUGUUCUAGUCACAAAUUCUUGUUUUUCAUUUUCUCAAUAUUUUCCAUAGUUUUCCCACUUGUAAGAUCAGAUGAUGCUGAAGCUCUUUUAGCAUUGAAAUCCACAAUAGACCCCUCAAAUUUUCUUGAUUGGAAAAAAGGAACUGAUUUUUGCCAAUGGCAAGGUGUUAAAGAAUGCAUGAAAGGUAGAGUUACUAAGCUUGUUGUUGAAAAUCUCAAUUUGAGUGGUUUAUUGGACCAAAAUGCUCUCAAUCAACUAGAUCAAUUACGAGUUUUAAGCCUCAAAGAAAACUCCAUUUCCGGCCAAAUCCCAAACCUUGCCGAACUUUCCAAUCUGAAAUCCCUUUUCCUCAACAACAACAACUUUUCCGGUGAGUUUCCGGCUACCAUUACCCUCCUCCACCGUAUCAAAGUUGUGGUUCUCGCCGGAAACAAACUCUCCGGUGACAUUCCUCCGGCCUUAACAAAUCUAUCCCGGUUGUAUGUUCUUUAUCUAGAAGACAAUCACUUCACCGGAGAAAUCCCACCGUUGAAUCAGCUCAGUUUAAGGUUCUUUAAUGUGUCAAAGAAUCAACUUUCUGGUGAAAUCCCGAAUACUCCGGCGUUAUCUCGGUUCAAUGAAUCAUCUUUCGCCGGAAAUGUCAAAUUGUGCGGAGUACAACUGCAUAAUAACUGUCCUUCAACUAGUCCAUCGUAUCCCAUCAUUCCAGAAGAUGUAUCUCAUCAUAAAAAAAGCAAAAAGCUUAUCAUCAUCAUUGUCCCAGUGGUCGCUGGAAUCUUGAUCCUCUGUGUUUUGAUGGCGAUUUUUAUAGCAUGUGUUCGAAAACGAAGAAGAAAAACUCAAGAUGGAAAGAGUAAAGGAGUUGAAGCCGGUGGAGGCGGGGGAGGGGGAGGGGAAGAAGAGGGGACUAGUCGCGGUGGCAAUGGCAGUGGUGGUGGUGGUGGCAGGGAUGGUAAUAAUGGUGGAAAAGAAGGGGCAUUUUCAUGGGAUCAAGGAAGUGGAGGACUAGGGACAUUGGUGUUUUGUGGACCAGGUGAUCAACAAAUGAAUUACACCUUAGAGGAUUUGUUGAAAGCAUCAGCCGAGACAUUAGGGAGGGGUAUAAUAGGAAGUACAUAUAAAGCCGUGAUGGAAUCCGGCUACAUUGUGACGGUGAAGCGGUUGAGGGAUUCGAGGUUUCCGAGGUUAGAGGAAUUCCGGAGGCAUGUGGAGAUUAUUGGUAGGCUAAGACAUCCUAACUUGGUCCCACUCCGAGCAUAUUUUCAAGCUAAGGAAGAACGUUUGCUCGUUUAUGAUUAUUUCCCUAAUGGCAGCCUCUUCUCCCUCGUUCAUGGGACAAGGGCUAAUAGUGGUUCAAAGCCUCUUCACUGGACUUCCUGUCUCAAAAUUGCAGAGGAUGUGGCUACUGGAUUGCUUCAUAUCCAUCAGAACCCUGGUCUGACUCAUGGAAACUUGAAAUCAUCAAAUGUACUCUUGGGGGCCGACUUUGAGUCGUGUCUUACAGAUUAUGGCCUCAUGCCAUUUAGGAAUCUAGAUUCUCCUGAGGAAUCAGGUGCUUCUUCCCUCUUCUAUAGAGCUCCUGAGUGUCGUGACAUUCGAAGGCCACUUACCCAUCAGGCCGAUGUCUAUAGCUUUGGUGUCCUCCUAUUGGAGCUCCUCACGGGAAAGACUCCAUUUCAAGAUCUUGUUCAAGAACACGGAUCAGACAUACCGAGGUGGGUGAAAUCUGUUCGAGAAGAAGAAACUGAAUCAGGUGAUGAACCUGUUUCUAGUAAUGAAGCCUCGGAAGAGAAACUCGGUGCUCUCUUAAACGUAGCUAUGGCUUGUGUUUCACUUGUACCCGAGAAUCGACCCACAAUGAAGGAUGUUUUGAGGAUGAUCCGGGAUGCUAGAGCAGAAGCUCAAGGGUCCUCCAAUAGCAGUGACCAUUCACCAGGAAGAUGGUCAGAUACUGUCCAAAGCUUGCCAAGAGAUGAACAUUUGAGCAUAUGAGUUUGUACUAUACUUAUGGAGGCCCCGAAUAACGUGUCUUGAUUCUUUUGGAAGGCAGAAGUUACUUCGUAAGUUAAGCAUCAUCGAUGUAUCUGAGUUCUCAGAGAUUUGUUGAUUCAGUUCUUGUAAAGUCUCAAGGGCUUUCUACUUUUCUUGUUUUUCUAGGUUUAGUUGUUUGUAUGUAGGAGAUUUGCUUUUAUACCACUUGGAUUGACAUUCACUAGUUGAUGAUACAUUCCUGAUUCAAAAGUUGUCAUUGUGUUUUGUGAGAGAUGUAAUUGUAAUUGAGGUUCCAACA